AUGGAGAAUUCUCCUACUGCUGCUACUCGCUUCAAAGAGCUACAUGUUCAGAAUCGCUAUUUGAGUCAAGACAAUGAAGUCUCAAGCAACGUGGCCCAGAGAAGUCUACGCGACAACGAGAAUGGCUCUCCGGUGCUCUUGAGCCAGGGUCUUGCUGUAUUCGACCAAACAUUUACACAAUUGCCAAAAAAUGAUGAAGACGCGUCUUCAGACUCUCGUACUGUUUCUGUUGCUUCUUUUUAUCAACAAGAUGCGAAGCCGGUAGCAGCCGCCUAUCAGCCUGUCGACMAAGCCAGUGGCAUAUUUUUGCAACCUGAGACGCAUCCAAUAACCGAAGAGCAACUAGUAAAUGAAGUCAGAGCGAUCUACGCAGGGCUAGUCAUGGUCGAGAAAAAAUGUAUCGAGAUUGUCAAACAACAGAACGAAAACCCUGGCGAAUUAACUGUACUACAAUGGCAAGCCCUCACUGCACUGCAUAGAACACUUUUGCACGAGCAUUUCGACUUUUUCCUUGCCUCAAAUCACCCUGCGGCAAGCGAUGCGUUGAAAGGAUUAGCCAAAGCCUACUCGAUGCCAGCGAGGAUGUGGAGAUACGGCAUACAUUCUUUCUUGGAGCUGCUGCGAAAGAAAUUGCCAUUGUCACUUGAUCACAUGCUCACCUUCAUCUGUAUGGCGUAUGCAAUUAUGACGCUCUUGCUAGAGAGUGUCCCACAAUUUGAGGAGACGUGGAUUGAGUGCCUGGGAGAUUUAGCACGCUACAGGAUGGCGAUUGAAGAGGCGGACAUGCGGGAUAGAGAAAUCUACACUGGAGUAGCUCGGUACUGGUAUACCAAGGCCGCCGACCUUAAUCCAGAUAUCGGCCGGGUCCAGCAUCAUCUAGCAGUGCUCGCUAGGCCAAAUGUGCUACAACAGCUGUUCUAUUAUUCCAAGGCUUUAAUUAGUGUUCAGCCUUUUACCAACGCGCGUGAUAGUAUCUUGCUCCUGUUUGGACCGCUCCUCGACCCCGCCAAGGCUGCGACAAAAUAUUCAAAAUACUACCCCAAAGCCUUGACUAUCUUUGUUGAAGCGCAUGGUAUAUUAUUCACGAGGCAGGAUAUCCCUACGUUUUUGAGACUGGCCAAUGAGUUCUUGUCUCAGCUUGAUAGACAUGCGGGUGUAGUUGGUCCUCUAUUCCGAGAACAGGGUGUAUACAUCACGGCUUCUAAUUACGCUGCUAUAUUCGACUAUGGUCAUGACGAUGCAGAAAAUUCGGCUAUAUUCAAUGAGGCUGGGCUUACCCAGGAGGCAAAAUUAGAUAUUCUCGAGAAAGCAUAUUAUCAUUGGCAAAAGCCUAGUUGUCGCCAAGUCGGCAUCGAUCUUCGGGUAUCCAAAGAUGCAAAGAUCAGCAGUAGUGGCGAGGUGGUCUCUUUAGCAUCCCAUUUUGCAUUUACCACUUUGGAUGGCGUUCUUGCUCGUCUCGGUGACCGGAACACGCUGCCGAGUAUCCACGUUUCUCUAGCUUUCCUUUGGUGUCUCGCAAUGGUCCCGGAAAGCAUGACCCGUAUUCAAGCGGACGUUCCUUGGGAACGACUCGCAACGUAUUUGAACACAUUGAUCACGCCGGAUACUAAUAUCUCCGAAAUUGAAAACGCAGAGUUCCCUGCACAGGAGACAGGAGCGUCGCGCCAACUGCCAGAGGAUUUUUUGAUUCAUGGUCUUUCUUGGAGUAGAUUAUACUACCCGCCGGGCUUCUUUAGUGAAAUGGCCGAAGACGAUGAGCGCUCGAUUGAGCUUCCAUCUGUGAUUGUCCCGCGGACUCGACGAUGUUUGUGGUUGGGAAGUAAGAUUGCCAAGUUCAACUGCUGGCUAGCCUACGACUCCGAGGAACGCAGGUUCUGCGCAACUCCAUUUGCACACGAACUCGCUGCACUGUCCGCACAGCAUCAACUCCUUCCUCAGGCAGCAAGCACAGAGGCCGCAUCAUCGGGACAACAGCAACGCUCUCUUCAAUCAUCGAGCAGAAAAACCGAUACGGAUAUCGAAAUGGCAGAAGCCUGA